AGCUCAAGCUUUUGCUAUAACUUUCUUCUCGAGAGCACAUUGGUGCAGAUACAUCCUUUUCACCACCCGUCAAUCAACACCUCUGAUACCCGCCUCAAAAGGGGACACAAUAUUCACCAGACGCAUCCUCAUACUCAAGCUCUGUCAAGAUGUCUGACAUUAUUAAAGACAUGAUAGAGAAGGUUUGGCUGUUCCCGCGCGGGACCAAGCUGGAACCUGGAGGCAGAAAGAACCCCGAUAACCUCCACCACCUAAGGCACCGCAACUGGGGUUUUAGCGUCUACCGUACCUACUAUGGUAAAGAUUCCGAUAAGCAUUGGCAGGCGCUUCUAUACUCUUUGAGACAUCAGACUAAACUGGCAUUUGGGGCGUUUGAGGACGAGGAGGAAGCAGACCAAGAUGAUAGGCGACAAGUUCAGGAAUUAUUUCAUCUCGAUGUCCGGGAGAAUCCCUCUUGUCUGGAUGGUCUCGAUGUUCGAGGUCUUCGGGAUUUCUGCAAUGCUGAAAAGCUCAAAGAGUCCAAAGUUACGGGUAGAGAGGAAGGCAACAUCAAGUACCGCGUGAGCACAAGGCCCGACGAGGGUCGAGCUAUGGCAGAUGAUCUGUUCAAAUUUGUAUUACUUGCAGAUGAAGCUGUGCUGAAGGAUAUAGGAAACGGUGAGUUCAUCGUCAAGACUAUCUCGUUGUCGUGGGAUGGUUACUCGGGAUGGGGAUGGAUGAGAAUCCCAACAGGCUAUCUUUUGGAGCUCUGGAUAUUUCUGAUGUGGAAUAAACACCGGACCGAGUCUUGUCUUCGCUGUCAUGGACCUGAAGCAGAUCUUGAGGGAAGUAUCUGGCCUGGGGACAUGGCACUUUUGGAUACUGGAAGAUGUUCGGAAAUUCGCGACUGGCCUUACUACAGUGGCCAAAAGGAUGAUAUGUGGUAAGGAGGAAUGAAGAGCCUAACCCGAAAGACUUUCGUCCCCUUUCGAAAACACUCAGUCUAUCUUAACACCAGACUACGUUUUGAAUAUACAUAAUGCUUAAUUGCACCAUGUCAACAGACAAACCCUGAUCAAGUCCA